AUGGCUCAAUUCACUCUCUACUCUCACAAGGGACCCGGACCCAACCCUCUCAAGGUGGCCAUCCUGCUCGAAAAGUUGGGUCUCAGCUACAAUGUAGUUCCACUCAUCUUUGGUCCCGGCGACGGCCAGAACGAAGGGGUCAAGGGAGAGAAAUUCUUGAAAGUGAACCCCAACGGAAGAGUGCCCGCAUUGGUGGACCAUCAAAACAGCGACUUCACCAUUUGGGAAAGCGGAGCGAUCUUGCUCUAUCUGAUCGACAAGUACGGUCAAGAUGGAUCGUUUGGCGGAAAGACGCCAGAGGAGAGGGCUGUGGUCAACCAGUGGUUCGCGCUCCAGCUCAGCACUUUUGGUCCUCAGCAAGGACAGGUGAGUUUGUCAACACUCGCAUGUCCGAGGUCGCUCGUGUCUGACAAAUAUCGCUCGCUAUCACUCUACUUCAGGUCAACUAUGCCUACCACUGUGAGUCCACGGGUCCACAUGCAUGCCCUACUGAAGCGAUCCCGAUCUCACCCGCUCUUCUCCUUUCUUCGCCCCAUCAGACUGGGAGGCAACGUACGGUGAAAAGCCUCAAAAGUCGGUCUUUACUCGCUUCGAAGGCGAAGUGGCACGACUGUACACUCUGCUCAACGAUCAAUUGGAAGCUCAGUCUAAGCGCGGAAGCUCCUUUGUCGCUCUCGAGAGGCCAACAGUCGCCGACAUCGCCUUUUACCCUUGGGUAAACAUUGCCGGGUUUGGAAAGAUCGACCUUGCCCCUUACCCUGCUGUCGGCAAGUGGCACGCCGCUCUCGCCGCCGAUGCCGACGUCAAGAAGGCUCAGGCUGCUCUUUCCUGA